AUGAUGCGAAAACUGGGCGUUCAUGUCGAAACGGGAGUGGUUUGUCGAGAGCUUCCGUUGGCCGGAAAGAGUAUCACUCAAUCGAACAACAAUCAAUCAGAGACACAAAAACUCCGUCUACUCCUUCCCCAUCUUUCAUUGAUUUCCUUUUGCACUUUCUACAUUCUCCUCUCGUCAUGGUUACUUUUAAUGGCCGAGAAACCGAAUGAAUUGAGACGACGUGAGGCAGCGGAACGCGAUUUCGUCGAAGAGAAAAGAAAAUUCGAUCAAAUUCUCGACUACAAUUUCUCGACCUUUGCCGCUUUCGAGAAAGCGAUGCUCGAGCAUUUGGAUAAAUCGGCAAAGAUCCGCUUCUAUUGGUGGGAACAACGCUACACCGUCGAUGAGCAAUGGAAUUUCCCGAACUCAAUUUUCUUUUGCAUUAGCAUGCUGACAACGAUAGGUUACGGUACCAUAGCUCCAGCUACUCGUUUGGGUCGCAUUUUGUCAAUUGUUUUCUCUCUUUUUGGUGUCCCAUUAAUGUUGAUCACCGUUACUGAUAUUGGGAUGUUUCUCGGAGAAGCUUUCAAAAUCUUUCUAGAAAACAUUUGUGAUGCUGGGCACACCAUUAUCGACUCUUUUUAUUGGUCUUUCAUUACAAUGACAUCGAUUGGUUUUGGUGACAUUGUACCAGAGAGUUUCGCCUCAAUGACAGCUGCUGGAGUUUAUAUGGUUAUCGGCAUUGCGAUCACUUCGAUGUGCAUCGAGCAAUCUGUCGCUUUCUACAUUCACAAGAUUCACUUUGUCGGCAGAAAAAUGAUGAUGAAAGCAUCAAAUAUCACUGAUAUGGUUAACUAUGCAAGGUUGCUGCGAAGGAGACCUGGGUUUAUGCUUGAGCAAAUCGAUGACGUGAUGCUCGAUCGAUUGAGAAAAGUUGCUCUUCAGCAAACGAUUGAGCAAAGGAGAUCGCUAAAAAUUGAGAUUGAUGCGGGAAAAGAUGCGGAAAGUGAUGAGGAAGGGAAAGGCGCUUUUGAGCCAAUGGACAUUCGUCAAUUUCGUUUCAUCGAUCAAAGCCGCGGGAUGAGUUUGAUCACUCGGAAAAGCACGAUCGUUCACGCAAAAAUCUCCGAUGAACCAAUUGAGUUCUUU